GAGCGCACUGAACCAGGAAAUGUUAUUCCUGGUACGAAGGGGCGUUCGCGUGGGACGCUUUUAACAGAGUCUGCAAUUAACCCAAUGGGAAGCAUCUCAUCCUGACGAUGGGGAAUUUCCAACGGACUUCGCGUGUUGAAAAACCUCGUCCCGCCCAGAGAGACCGCCGCACUCCCCCAUCAUGGUACCGUCGAGCCCUGCUUAUCAGUUUCAAGGAGAAUGGAGAAGUGAAUGCCUAUGACUUUGACGAGGAUCUUUCAGAGCUGGAAGAGGACAAGGAACAAGGGACAGAUGAUAUCGAGCCGUUCCAGAGCGAGGACAGGGACGAUCCGGGCUGCGAGUGCGAUGAUGAAGACUUAGAGUGUAACUGCAAGUUUGAGAACGAUAAUAUGGGCGAAGAUGACGGGUCGGAGAGAUCGUACGACGGCUCUGAUGCCGAUUACUACUACGAGCUGAAAGAGGAGCGCGAUGAAAGGAAGCAGGCGAAGCUACGGGAGCGGAAGGAGAAAGAACGACAACGAGAUAUUGAGAAGACCAGGGAAGAAGAAGUUCGCGUUGCAUACAGAUCUCUCAACAAGGCUGAGAAGGAACGCAAGACAGUCCCGGCCGGACCACUUGCUGGUCAGAGUUUCCAGCUGUUCUGCAGCGAUCAUGUUGACCUUUUUUACUCCGAUUUCUACGUGACCAAAAGAGUGGACUUUUACUACCUCGACGACACAAGCAAUCCCGGUCGACACAACCAGAAGCCUGGACGCGAAACUGACAUGUUAUAUGGCGACGUGUAUCUCAAUGCAAAUGCCAACUGCAACUUUGGCCCGUUCUGCCCCCCGAAGCGAGCGAGUCGGAAAGCUUUCAAGGUCAGGAGCUGCGAUGGCAUGUACGAGCUGUCGUUCAAGUUCCUCGGUGGUGGUUACCUGAAGCUGAGAGUCUACCGGGAAAUAUUGUUCAUGAAUCCAUACAGCCCGAGCUCCCCAGCUCCUCCCGCGGCUGCUCCGGAAGUGUUCGAGUUCGUUGGCAUCAGGCGCGAUCGCGAGAAGGAGAAAGGGGAACGGCAGGAGAGGAUGACAAAUUCGCGCCGCUCGCCAUCGCCCCGCGAGAGUUGGUUUGAGAUGAACCAUCCCAUGGGAUCUUGGAGCAUCCAAUAAGCCCAACUAAGCGGAAGGAUGUCUUUCUGGCGAAGAAGCCAUGGCCGGCGUGCUAGACCUUGACAAUAUGUGCAAUCCCGUCUGUGGAAACAAAAGCUGACCUAUGGGAGAUAACUAUGGGAUUGACUUGGACGGUAUCGAGGGCGUGGCAUGUUCUCCCAACCUGGCCGGGUCCGAGAACAACGGAAUCGAUUUGGACCAACUCACCCCUUUUGAAAAUGGGAUCAACAAUAGGACAGUAUCUCCGGGACCAGGGCGGAUCCUGGCAGGCUGCAUAAUAUUCAACUGUUUCCCGCUGUUUAACGUUACACCAUCCAAAGUCGGAUACGACCUCUCAGUGUGAUACAGGACUAGAAUUUCUCCUGACAACGUUUCGAGCGCUGUGGGUUCGAGGAAUGUGCUGCAGGGACCGCGACAAUGGAGGAAGGCGGCUUUGCCUGUGGUCAUGAGAUAUUAAUUAGCGACGGCACGCAUAUAAUGGACAAUUAGAGGAUUCGCUACAUUCA